CUUCUUCCUGCUACACGCAGACGUUCCCGUUAGCAUGAAGAUAACACUAAACUCUAUGGAUCCUGGGACAUAAUUAGCGAAAUAUUGACUGUAUUAAAGCGCCCCUUCCCCACAUUCUUCACGGGUGAGGUACAAAUGGACAAAAAUGCCAGAAAAGUCCGGAAUCAAGACAUAAAUCCUUGCAUUGAAGAAAGUGAUGCUUCUCAAAAAUGUUUGGAUGCUUCCAACUAUGAUAAGAACAUGUGCACAGCCUUCUUCCAGAGUUACAAAAACUGUAGGAAAUAUUGGCACAAUAUAAUGUUGCACCGGAGAAGAGAGGGUGUCAAACCUGACAUGCCCACUGCUACAGAAAGGCAGGAUAUGCUCUCUGCUAUUGGAGGGAAGCCAUAUUGAGGAGCCAUGACGUUUAUAAAGAGACACCAGGGGGAUGACGUAGACAUUCUGUUGAUACUAAAACACUGUACUGAGACGCUCUGGAAAGAAAAAGUUUUUUUAACCAAUGUGAUAGCACAGUGAUAAGGUACAUCUAAGCAUAUUGCUCUUGUAAAAAUGAAUGAAGAUCCAGUAAAUACAAUGCAGAUUCUCGAUCAAAACUAUUUGUUUAUUUGUGCGUUACAGUUUAAAAAUUGGUUGGAGAAGCUUGAGGUCAAAUAACAAAAAAAAAAAAAAACACUGCCUAUCAAGACCUAGGAAGGAACUGUCAAUGGUUCAGAUCACCUCUGGUUCUGUGUGUGUGUGCAAAAUUUUUAUUAUAUUGUAAUUUACAAUUUGAAUAUUUACCCCCAAACGGACAUUGCAUUUGAUGUUUGUGCCAUUGUUAUACACACUGGAUGCAUUCCUAAGACAACAUGCACGACUCACAAAAAGUACAAAACACACACAGAUUGCAAAAAAGCAUACAAGUGGACAUCCUUAAAAAAUGGAAAAAACUAAACAAAAAUGCUGUUGCCAUUCAGAUACUUGUGAGAGAACAGCACAGUUGUGUACGUUUUUUGUGAGUGGUUUAUUGUCAUUAUAAACCCCCCAAAAUUGAAUUUUUUUUUACUCUGAUGGAAACCAAAGGUAAAGGCUUAUUUCUUCACAUGUAAAGGUCAGUCGUUGUCGUCAUCAGUUCACAGCAUUGUCGACAGAUCUGUUCCAAGCGGUUGGCCAUCAAGUCCCUCCACGCGAAUCAGGACGCAACAUCAUUGCAGAUUGGGAGGAGCCAUUGGAGCCAGGUCCGGGAACGGUCCUUCCUUCGUCGACGCCUGUCCUGUACAGCCAAGAUACAAGUGCGCUGAAAGUGGCUUGAGUCUCCAUGCUGUGCAGUUCUGGACUCCUGCUUCAUAGCUGGUGAUUGAGCAGGUCUUGAGAGACCAAUCAAUCAGAGGCCAAUUAAGCAAAGACUAUGGUGAACAAACCAAUUCUGAGUAUGUGAAUGUUAGUUGAAAUUUUAAGCAAGCAAACUGCUAAUUUGCACCUGGUCAGGUUUUAUGUUUCUUGCCCAAUGCAAGCUAAAAUAGGCUAUGUGACCCUUGACAGCAUUGUCUAAAAUGUUAAAGGAUGAAAUGAUUUGCAAGAAAAUGUGUAUUUGUAAGGGAUAGGCACGGAGCCCUGACCUAAAAAGCAAAACUGCAAUAAAUUGUGCCCCCCUCUAAAAGGAGUGUAGUUGUAAUUGUGUAGAUCGC